AUGUCUGCAACUUAUCCAAUGGAUAUGGUCCGAGGCAGGAUAACUGUACAGAUCGAGAUAUCCCCUUAUCAGUACCGAGGAAUGUUCCAUGCUUUGACUACUGUGCUUAGGCAAGAAGUUCCACGUGCUUUAUAUAAGGAUUGGCUUCCUUCAGUAAUUGGAGUUGUUCCUUAUGUUGGUCUCAACUUUGCUGUCUACGAGUCUCUGAAAGAUUGGUUGAUUAAAGCUAGACCAUUUGGUCUAGUUCAAGAUUCUGAGCUGAGUGUGACAACACGCCUGGCUUGUGGUGCUGCUGUCGGAACCAUUGGACAAACCGCCGCAGGAUUUGAAAAUCUUAUCGGCUAUUAUGAGCCUCCAGUACAAGAGAUUAUUGUUAUUGAUGAAGUGCUCUCUGCUAUGGUUGGGGUUGAAGGACGUUACAUUUCAAUCAAAACACUUCGUGGAAAGAAGGAUGAAAUUAUUAAUUUCCUGGUGGACCCAUCUAUGGAUUUGACACUGCAGGAGUUGGCAAAAUGGAUUUUCCCUAUUUGUAGGAGAUUUCUGUUGAUCAACCAAUUUAUGGAAUCAAGGUCUCAGUUCCAGAAUGGGCUAGUUAAUCAUGCCUUUUUUUCCGCCCUUAGGGAAUUCCUUCUCGAUUACCAGGCCUUCGUGGCACAACUUGAGCACCAAUUCCGGCUUGGGAGACUUUCCCUUCAAGGAUUAUGGUUCUACUGUCAGCCCAUGUUGAGGUCAAUGCAGGCAUUGUCUACUGUUAUACAGAAGGCUUCAACCAAUAAUUUUUCUGUUUCUGCCAUUCUUAACUUAUUGCAGAGUCAGGCAAAGGCUAUGGCUGGAGACAAUGCAGUCAGGUUGUUGCUGGAGAAAAUGACAAUGUGCAAGUAGAGCCUACAUGAGCAUACUCGAAAUAUGGGUCUAUGAAGGAGUAAUAGAUGAUCCUUAUGGUGAAUUUUUCAUUGCAGAAGACAAAUCUCUUCAAAAGGAGAGUCUUACUAGAGAUUAUGAUGCUAAGUAUUGGCGACAGUGUUACAGCCUCAAAGAUGCAUUAGGAGGAACUUGCAACACUGUCAUGAUUGCAAACAUAAGCCCAAGUAUCCUUUCAUUCGGUGAAACUCAAAACACCCUUCAUUGGGCUGAUAAAGCCAAGGAGAUUCGAACAAAGGCACCUGAUGCAAACGAGGAUCUAUUACUGGUACCUAAAACAGAAACAUACCAGGCGCAACUAAUACUUGAGUUGCAAAAUGAGAAUCGUCAAUUGCGAAUUCAGCUAGCACGCCAGAAAACAGAUGCUUUUGAAGCUCAAAGCACAAUCCUUGGCUGCAUAUUCUUCCCCAACACCGCCAUCACCUUCAUGUAUACCAUGUGGAACUAAACACACUUCAUAAAUCUCAACUUCAACACAACACGCAUAACAAUUCUGUUCUUUUUCUUCAAUAUAAUCUCACUGUACUCCCUUUUUCACCUCAAAAAAUGACCUGCAUAUUAUUUCCUCAUUCAUAUCCACUAUUUAUCUCAUAUGUAUAAACCACCAUUACAAACACCUCCCAUUUGAUCUCUUAAAAACUCCAUAUCUUCAUAAACCCAUACGUUAUAUCUUCACUCAAACCACCUCAUACUUCUCCAUCACAAGUCAUGCUACAAUAACAAACUACACACACACCAACUCAAAGUCAUUCAUAA